GAAGUAGCUCGGGGCGGCGGUGACGACGCAUGCGCAGUGCGCGGUGCCCGGCCAUGCCGAAGGGAGCGAAGCCGGCGGGGGCCAAGCAGGAGGAAUGGAAGGGGGGGGAGGAGGAGCAACCGGUCAAGAAAGGCAAGAAGGACCGGAAAGGCAAAAAAUCCUUUUUCGAGGAAUUGGCCGAGGAGGAGAAGGCGGCGCCGGCCGAGCCCCCCCCGGCCCCCGAGAAGGAUGGACCGCCCCCAGGCCAGGGGUCCCGGCGGAAGCGGGAGCGCCGGAAGGAGCCGCGGCGGGCGCGGGGGGCGGAGCCUGAGCCCGAGGAGGAGGAGCUGAGCCGGCGGCUCCAGGCCCUGGCGGCCGCGGCCGAGGAGGAGGAGGAGGAGGAGGAGGAGGAAGCUCCAGCGGCCCGGAAAGGAGGGAGGAGGAGGAAGGGUGGGAACGUUUUCGCUGCUCUGAACCAGGAGGAGAGCGAGGAAGAGGAGGAGGAAGAGGAGGAGAAGGAAAAGAAAACAUCCAAGGGGAAAAUUGCCAAGGAGGAAGAGGAGGCCGAGCGGAGGAAGAGGAAGAACCGCAGGAACGACAAAGCCAAAGGGAAGCGACAGGGAAAAUCCGGCAGCGAUGAUGAGGCCGAAGGCUCCGAGGAGCCCAAAGGGGGGAAGAACAAAUUCGGAGCCCUGAGGGACGAGGAGGAGGAGGAGGAAGAGGAGGAGGAGGAUGAGGAAGGAGCUCGGAAGGGGAGCGAGAACGAGCAGGAGGAAGGGGCGGGGCCGAGGGCGGGGCCGGAUCCGCGAAUCAGCAAAAAGGAGAAGAAGAAGAUGAAGAAACAGGCGGAGUUUGAGCGCCAGGUUGCGUCGCUGCGCGCUGCGGCCGCCUCGGGGGACGGCGACUUCGCGGUGUCGCAGGCGGAGCUGUCGUCGCGACAGGCGAUGCUGGAGAACGCCUCCGACAUCAAGCUGGAGAAGUUCAGUAUCUCGGCUCACGGGAAGGAGCUCUACGUCAACGCCGACCUCAACAUCGUGGCCGGGCGGCGCUACGGGCUGGUGGGGCCCAACGGGAAGGGGAAGACGACGCUGCUGAAGCACAUCGCAAACAGAGCCCUCAACAUCCCCCCCAACAUCGACGUGCUGCUCUGUGAGCAAGAGGUGAUGGCUGAUGACACACCUGCCGUCCAGGCUGUUCUCAGAGCCGACACUCAGCGCCUGCGGCUCCUGGACGAGGAGCGGCGCCUGCAGGGGCUGCUGGAGAGCGGAGACGACGCGGCCGCAGAGAGACUGGAGAAGGUGUACGAGGAGCUGCGGGCCACAGGUGCGGCGGCGGCCGAGGCCAAGGCGCGGCGGAUCCUGGCCGGGCUCGGCUUCACCCCCGAGAUGCAGAACAGGAGCACCCGGAAAUUCUCCGGGGGGUGGAGGAUGAGGGUGUCCCUGGCCAGGGCUCUGUUCCUGGAGCCGACGCUGUUGAUGUUGGACGAGCCCACCAAUCACCUGGACCUGAACGCCGUCAUCUGGCUCAACAAUUACCUGCAGGGCUGGAAGAAAACGCUGCUGGUGGUGUCGCACGACCAGGGGUUCCUGGACGACGUCUGCACCGACAUCAUCCACCUGGAUUCCCAGAGAUUGCACUACUACCGCGGGAAUUACAUGACCUUUAAGAAGAUGUACCAGCAGAAACAGAAGGAGCUGAUGAAACAAUUCGAGAAACAGGAGAAGAAACUGAGAGACCUCAAAGCCGGGGGGAAAUCCACCAAGCAGGCGGAGAAGCAGACGAAGGAGGCUCUGACGCGGAAGCAGCAGAAAUGUCGGCGGCGGGCGCCGGACGAGGCCUCGGCCGAGGCUCCGGAGCUGCUGCGGAAACCUCGGGAAUAUUCCGUGCGCUUCACCUUCCCCAACCCGCCCCCCCUGAGCCCCCCCAUCCUCGGCCUGCACGGCGUGGAUUUUGGCUACGAGGGCCAGGAGCUGCUGUUCCGCAACCUGGAUUUUGGGAUCGACAUGGAAUCCCGAGUUUGCAUCGUGGGCCCCAACGGGGUGGGGAAGAGCACCCUGCUGCAGCUGCUGACCGGGGCCCUGACACCGCUCCGGGGGCAGAUGAGGCGGAACCAUCGCCUGAAGGUGGGGUUCUUUAACCAGCAGGCGGCCGAGCAGCUGCGGCUGGAGGAGACGGCGGCCGAGUUCCUGCAGCGCAGCUUCAACCUGGCGCACCAGGACGCGCGGCGCUGCCUCGGCCGCUUCGGCCUCGAGGGCCACGCCCACACCCUGCAGAUCGCCAAGCUCUCGGGCGGGCAGAAGGCUCGGGUGGUGUUUGCGGAAUUGUCCUGCCGGGAACCCGACGUGCUGAUCCUGGACGAGCCCACCAACAACCUGGACAUCGAAUCCAUCGACGCUUUGGCCGACGCCAUCAACGAGUACAAAGGAGCGGUGAUCGUGGUGAGCCACGACGCGCGGCUGAUCACCGAGACCAACUGCCAGCUGUGGGUGGUGGAGGAGCAGGGCCUGAGCCAGAUCGACGGCGACUUCGAGGAUUACAAACGAGAGGUGCUCGAGGCACUGGGAGAGGUGGUGGCCCUGCGGCCGCGGGACUGAGUGACCACCAGAGUGACCACUGGAGUGACCACUGGAGUGACCAUCAGAGCAACCACAGUGGUCACAACGUCCACCAGAG